AUGGAACACCUUGUGACGCUGGGGGUAGCGGUGGGUUUCCUCUGUGUCUUGUGCAGCUUGUUCAUGAGGUGGAAUGAGCUGAGGCACUGGCGGAGGGGCCUCCCUCCGGGGACGAUGGGCUGGCCGGUCGUCGGCGAGACGAUCGAGUUUCUCCGGCGGGGUCCCGACUUCAUGAAGAAGCAGAGAGCCAGGUGAGGGAUCUCCUCUCCUCUGUAAAUAAUGGCCGUUGCGGCGGCGAGAGCAAGCAAAACCUGGCUGGCGGUGAUCGGAAAUGUUUGCAGGUAUGGGAGCUUGUUCACGUCCCAUCUGCUGGGCAGCCCCACCGUUGUGUCCACGGAUCUGGAAGUCAACAGGUGGAUCCUCAUGAACGAGGGCAAGGGGCUCGUUCCGGGGUACCCGCGGGCCAUGGCCGUGAUUCUCGGGGAGGGGAAUGUUUCGGCGGUCCACGGCCCCGUCCAUCGCGUUGUGAGGGGCGCGCUGAUGUCUGUGAUCGGCCCCGCCGCCGUGAGAGACCGGCUCUUCCCCACGUUAGACGAGUUCAUCGGAUCCCGCCUCCACAGCUGGGGCGGCGGGGGCGCCACUCUGGACGUCCAGGAGAAGGCCAGAGAGGUCAGUUUGGAGAUUAAGCAGGAUCCCUCCGCCGCCGUUCGGGGCGAGAUUUUUGACCUGCGGCGUGUCUUUCGUUUCCAGAUGCUCCUCUCGUCAACGCUCAAGCUGAUCUCCGGGACUGAGACCGGCGAAACGGCGGCGGAGCUCAAGGCGGAGUUCUUCACGCUCCUUCGGGGGACCCUCUCUCUCCCCGUCAAUCUCCCCGGCACCGCCUACCGCCGCGGACUCCAGGCAAGCUCUCUCUCCUUCUCCCUCCGCCGCUGUCCUCGUCGUCGUCCUCCUCCUCCUCCUCCUCCGGCCACUCUGACGGCCUCACUCUCCAGGCGAGGAAGAGGAUCACCAGCCUGUUAAGGGACCUGAUUGAGGAGAGGAGGAGCCCUUCCGCCCCGAAGGGCGGCGGUGAUAUACUCAGUUUCCUUCUCCGGGAGGAAGAACGACAAGAAGAGCAAGAGGUCCACCGGACGAGGCCCAAGCUCACCGACGACCAGACGAUUGAUUUGCUCGUCACCAUCAUGUACACCGGCUUUGAGGCCGUCUCCUCCACGGUGACGAUGGUGGUCAAGUAUCUCCACGACCACCCAUCCGCCCUCCAAGAACUUCGGGUAAAAUCUCUAAUCCUCUUCUUCAACGACCAACUUAAUGACCUCUCUCUCUCGCUCUCUCUCUCUUUCUCACUCUUUGUGUAGAACGAGUAUUCGGAGAUCGGACGGCGGAAAUCGUCGCCGGAUGAGGCGUUGACCUGGGAGGACUACACGUCCAUGAGCUUCACUCGUGCGGUUAGCAAGCACCUUCCUCCUCCUCCUCCACCAUGUUCUUCCUCCUCAGAAACCCUAAUCCGCGUGGGCGGCUGAAGGUGAUCCUGGAGACGAUGCGGUUGGCCACCAUAGUCAACGGGGUUAUGAGGAAGACGACCAAGGACAUCCCCAUCAAUGGUGAGUCCCGAAUUAGGGUUCCCCCCCUCCGCUAAUCAGAGAGGAGGGACAUCUGACGAACGGCCCGGACUGACUCUUCGUAGGGUUCGUCAUCCCCAAGGGGUGGAGAAUCCUGGUCUACGUCAGAGAGAGCAACUACGACUCCCUGAGGUACCCGAUGUCGCUCUGCUUCGACCCCUGGAGAUGGAAGGUGACUCCCCCUCUCUCUCUCUCUCUCUCUCUCUCUCUCUCUCUCCCUCUCUCUCUCUACUGAACCCUGCUGUGGCCCCCCUCCAGGACAGGAGCCUGGAGAAUCACCCAUACUUCAUGGCAUUCGGCUGCGGGGGGAGGCUCUGCCUGGGGAAGGAGCUGGCCAUGGUUGAGACAUCCCUGUUCCUUUACUACUUCUUGACCAGAUAUAGGUAAAGAAAGGGCUACUCUUCCUGCUCUCUCUCUCUCCCCUUCCACAGUGAGAAGUAAGCUCUGAAAUGGCAGGUGGGAGGAGACCGGAGGGGACGAAAUAGUCCUGUUUCCAAGAGUAGAAGCCCCCCGAGGCCUCCACAUCCGGCUCUGGACCAACUGA